CUUCCGAGCUAUCCCCAUAACACCACCGUUACACACUUCUACGACUGCGAUAUCCCCAUAAACGAUUAGUACCCCUUUGUGAACGCCAUACGGGCCAUUGAUGUCAAUGGCAUCCCGAGUCUUCGCUCCGGCCGUCCGGACAGCUACCCGCAGCGUCCCUCGACUCCAUGCGCCCGCACGCGGUUUCCAGACAAGCUCUGUAUUGAGGCAGGAGGCGGGUGCUGCGCCGAUUAAGAAGCCUAUUGGUGCUUUUCGGGGAGGACUCUUCGGUUUCCUUCUCGGUGCGACGACCGCCGGCGCAGGCAUGUACUACUACGUCGUCGAUGAAUACCGCGUCUCGAACGAGCUUCUGCAGGAAGAUAUCUACGCUCUCCAGGCUGCGGUACAACGGAUAGAAGGCUACGUGAAGACGCUCGAGGAGAAGGUCGCGGCGAAGAAAUAAGGAGCUGAAAGGAGACACUCUCAGGAUGUACUAGCACGAUGGAGGAAUGCCUGUAAUGGUACAAGGGAAAACCAGUCGGACAGGUAUGGAG